AUGGGGUGGUCACUGGUGGAGCUGAAAAACGGGGAAACGUACAACGGGCACCUGGUGAGCUGUGAUAACUGGAUGAACAUCAACCUGCGGGAAGUCAUCUGCACCUCCCGGGAUGGAGACAAGUUCUGGAGGAUGCCUGAGUGUUACAUCCGUGGCAGCACCAUCAAAUACCUGAGGAUUCCUGACGAGAUCAUCGACAUGGUGAAGGAAGAGGUGGUGUCCAAGGGCAGAGGCCGUGGUGGGAUGCAGCAGCAGAAGCAACAGAAGGGUCGUGGGAUUGGAGGUGCUGGAAGAGGUGUCUUUGGUGGCCGCGGCAGAGGAAUCCCAGGCAGUGGAAGAGGCCAGCAGGAAAAAAAGCCAGGCAGACAAGCAGCAAAACAGUGAGAGGGGC